AUGCCAUUAUAAUUAAAUAAAAUAAAUGGAUCAUCAAUUUCCAAGAAAAUAAUUAACAAUAUCAAAUUCAACCAAAGAUAAGGUAGAGGCAUGCAAAAGAUAUAUAGAGAGAAAAUAUACAGAUUUAUUAUAAGCAGAGAUGGAGAGAAGGGAGGAUUGGGCCAAAUUGUGGGUUAAAAUGAAAGAUAUGUAAUUGAAGGGUAAUUGAGAUAUAUAGAUAAAUUUAAUUUUAGUUUAGGAUUAAGAAUAUUAUAAAUAGUUGGUUUUAAAGAAGGAAGCUGAA